UAAAGUUAAAGUGAAACCCCGGCAGCUCAGCAUCAACAGACAGCAGCAUUUACUGAUUUAUAACUCCGACUUUAUUACAGAACUGUCACGUUGACUUCAAAUAGGUUCUAUAAAAGACACAGACAGCGAACUCUCAACCCCCCGGGAAAGAAAGUUAUGGCACACAACGAGGUGGCAUUGAAUGGAACUCAAAUUUCCUACAUUGGACAUGACUGUAAGGACAUUCCAGAAUCUCUGGGAAACACAUAUGGUCACAUGGCAACACGGCUGGAUCUGAGUUUCAAUCAGCUCAGGUCACUGGAAGGCCUUCAGAUGUUCACUGCACUAGAAGAACUGGUUGUGGACAAUAAUCUUCUUGGAAAUGACCUCAAGUUGCCCAGGUUACCCAAGCUCCACACCCUAAUGCUCAAUAAGAACCAGCUGACUGAUAUCGAGGCCCUGCUGGAGCACUUGGCUGAUGUGACCCCGUCACUGGAGUACCUAAGCCUGCUGGGAAAUGAGGCCUGCCUCAACCAGCUAGUCAGCCCGGAUAAGGAUGAGGACGACUAUCAGAGAUACAGGUAUUAUGUUCUUCACAAGUUGCCUCAGCUGAGGUUUCUGGACACCAGGAAGGUAACCAAGAGAGAAGUGAUGGAGGCGAUGACAAGAGGAGCCUUCAUGAAAGUGGUCAGACCCAAGUCCGAAGUGCUGUCAAAGGAGGCCCGAUCUGAGAGUGACACACUGCCAUAUACUCCUCUGCCCCGUGAAUCCAGAGAUGCCAGAAACCACAAAGGGGUAUUUGCCAAAUGUCACUACGUCUACUACGGCAAGCACUCGGAAGGUAACAGAUUCAUCCGAAAUGACCAGCUCUGACAGACGGCGCUUCAAGCUGUAGCACCUACGUAACUGUAUGUUACCAGAAGGAAAGCUAGAGGAACCGAUUACUGAUUAAGAUGCCAAUGGAUUUUGAGUCAACUGAUAUCUCACUGGAAGAGCUGACUGACGUCCUUUAAAGAUCAUAUUCCAGCGUUACUCUGAUGGACCAGACUGCUACUAAACCUCAUCAGUCACACAACACUCACACAGACACACAUUCUCUGUUUCACUCAGUCUCAACAACGUCCAACCAAUUGCACCAAGUACGUGUUUUUCUUUGACAGCCAUGAUGGAUCACCCAUCUCCCACUACCACUAAUCAGGGGUGAAGGGGGUGAUGGUCUCACACCUGAGGCCUGACACAGACUCUCAUUCACACAGUCUCACACACACACACAUUACUGCAGUUUAUGACACUGAAAUACUUUUAAGAUUUUAACAGUGGUCUGGUUAAUCACUGUAAAGAAAUCUUGAGGUCAUCCUGAACAUGAUCAGUCUGUGAUGUUUGGUUUGGGGCUUCUCCCUGGUUUUGUUUUAACAGAUUUGCACGAGUGUGUGCGUGUUAUAUUUUAUGUCAUUUAGAGAAAGAUGAGGAUUUGUUUUCAGGUAAGUCAAGCAGACUUCAGAGGAGUCUGUUUCUGUUGCAGAUUGUUUGUGUUGAAGAGAAAAUGAUCAGGAAGAGAUGCUUUUAAAGUAAAAAAAGAAGUGCAGAUUAGUGAGGUCAACAAUGCUAUAAUAAAUAAUAAAAAUAGUCAACAAUGGUUGAUUGUAUGACCUGUGUACUGACCGACCCAAAGAAAGGAAAAUAUCUGUGCAGUACACUAUAUUCCAUCACACACCAAUUGGUCUAAAUUAUGGUGUCAAGUUAUUUAAAAAGUGGAGGUUUCUAUAUGGUCUAAUGGAACACUUAGACACUGAAAUUCAGGUUAGUAUGGUAACGGCCAAAAACACACAGAAUUCAUGACUACUACUCACAUCUCCAUAACAAUGGGGCCUGAGAACAGAUUUUGCCCUUAAAUUACUCAGAGAUCCCAAGUUUGUAUUUGAUUUAAUUUUACCUGAAAAUAAAUAGUAGCCUUGUUUUGACCUUUGAUCCUGAUGAAACAGCAUCACUGAACAGGUCUACAACAUGAUUUUAUUGAACAGAUGCACAAAACAAAUGUAAAGAACAGCAGUUUAGUGUUGCAGCUUAUGUUGAUAAAAGGAAAAGGUUUUUGUGGUUUGGGAAUAAUUUCACACCAAACUCAUGACCACACAAUCAGCAGAAUGUGCAACAUCAUAAACAUUUUCCUGGUUCCUAUGCACUAAUCUGUAAUAGGUUUUAUUUUGAUUUUUAAUCGUUUACUGUAUGCACUUCAAGUAAAAAAAAAAAAUCCCUUAAUACAGAUGUUUAUUAGUCUUGCAUGAAAUACACUGUGACUGUGAUGUGACAGUCAGAAAAUUAAAUCCACUUUCAUGUGUUUGACUGUAAAAACACUCAAAACCAUUUUAAUGUUCUUUGCAUUUUAUGAUGUGUUUUAGGCUCAGUGUGGAUCGACAUUGUAGUAAUGUGCUAACAGGGGAACUCCAUUUUUUUAACCUGGGCUCUGUUUUUAGAUAUUUUUGGGUUUGUAUUUUUAUUUGUGACAAAAUGUGUUUACUCUGCCCAGUAUUUAUUUUGAACACAAACUCUGUAACGGGCUAAACAGCUACACAAUGUAAUUGUAUGGGGCAAGUGACAAACGCAAUAAACCGCUUUCGAUAGAGGCAAAUUUGUGCAUUUUAACUCAGUAAAUGAAAAGGAACUUUUUUAAAUGAUUAAUUAUACAGGUAGCCACUUAACUUGCCCUGUCUGUUCAGCGGCACUGCAAUCCACAGACUGUGGUUGAUGAGCUUGUUCCUGGCAGAACUAAGUCAAAACUCGACCAACCAAAAUAAUCUUUGUGCAGCGUGAAAAGACAAACCCAAAAACAUCUAAAAAAUAGUCAGGUCAAAAAAAAAAAAAAAUCAGCGUGUUCCUUUAACAGCAGAAGUAUGUGAAGCAAAGCACAGCCUUUUUUAAAUCUCUUAUUUAAUGUUCUUGCAACAUUCUGAUGUGACAUAUCUGUUUGCAUUAUAAGUUUGAACCAGAUCAUUGUUUUUCAGCAAUUAAAAAUAUAUUCAGCUGUU